CAAGUUCAAAUUUUGACAAGACUCGUGACUCAUCUUCUUCAUCAUCCCUUCUCCCUUCUUCCCCUUCCCCUCCAUAGUCUUUCUAUUUAUAUAUAUCAGACAGAGAAGCCUCUCUUCAGCCAAACUCACCGCAGUUCACAACCAUGGCUGCAACGAGAAGAAAGGAACUCUCCUCUCUCCCAACCAAAGUGGCUGCUUGCGAGACGGCGACGUGCUAUGUUGCGUUGUGCCUUGUCGCGCUCAUCCUCGUUAACGUGCUAAACGAGAGCGCGUCGGCGGUUGCCGGAGCGGAAGCCGAGAUGGUGCGGGGGCAGAAAUUCGGCGGCCGGCGGCGGCCGUGCGACGAGAUAUAUGUGGUGGAGGAAGGGGAGACGCUGCACACCAUCAGCGAUAAGUGCGGCGACCCCUAUAUAGUUGAGCAGAACCCUCAUAUACAUGAUCCGGAUGAUGUAUAUCCUGGCCUUGUUCUGAAGAUUACCCCUUCUUAUCCCAGUAAGACUACUUAGAGAAAUUAGAUAGGAAAGAAAUUUCUCUGCAAUUCUUGAUCAUCUUUCAUUUUUACAGGAGUUGUAAGGUUUAAUUUGUGUUCAUCACUCCUUGUAAUUAAUAUAGAAAUGAAUAUAAAUCUGAAUGAAAGAUGAUUGAAGAAGAUAAAGAAUUUAUGCGAAAUUCUGUCCGAAAUUACUUGUAAGGUUUUCUGUUGGAGAUCGAGGUGAGGUUUGUUCUAUGUAUUUGCAGUAGAAGUUGUACGUUACAGAUACAUAUAUGGAUUAUCGAUCUGGCUUUUUUAUGGUUGAA